AUGCCUGCUGCAGAUGGAAACCUGCUGCAGAGGGAAGCCUGCUGCAGAUGGAAACCUGCUGCAGAGGGAAGCCUGCUGCAGAUGGAAACCUGCUGCAGAGGAAAGCCUGCUGCAGAAAGAAGCUUGCUGCAGAAAGAAGCCUGCUGCAGAAGGAAGCCUGCUGCAGAUGGAAACCUGCUGCAGAGGGAAGCCUGCUGCAGAUGGAAACCUGCUGCAGAGGAAAGCCUGCUGCAGAAAGAAGCUUGCUGCAGAAAGAAGCCUGCUGCAGAAGGAAGCCUGCUGCAGAGGGAAGCCUGCUGCAGAUGGAAACCUGCUGCAGAGGGAAGCCUGCUGCAGAUGGAAACCUGCUGCAGAGGGAAGCCUUCUGCAGAUGGAAACCUGCUGCAGAGGGAAGCCUGCUGCAGAUGGAAACCUGCUGCAGAGGAAAGCCUGCUGCAGAAAGAAGCUUGCUGCAGAAAGAAGCCUGCUGCAGAAGGAAGCCUGCUGCAGAGGGAAGCCUGCUGCAGAUGGAAACCUGCUGCAGAGGGAAGCCUGCUGCAGAUGGAAACCUGCUGCAGAGGGAAGCCUUCUGCAGAUGGAAACCUGCUGCAGAGGGAAGCCUGCUGCAGAUGGAAACCUGCUGCAGAGGAAAGCCUGCUGCAGAAAGAAGCUUGCUGCAGAAAGAAGCCUGCUGCAGAAGGAAGCCUGCUGCAGAUGGAAACCUGCUGCAAAGGGAAGCCUGCUGCAGAAGGAAGCCUGCUGCAGAAGGAAGCCUGCUGCAGAAGGAAGGCUGCUGCAGAAGGAUGCCUGCUGCAGAGGAAAGCCUGCUGCAGAAGGAAGCCUGCUGCAGAAGGAAGCCUGCUGCAGAUGGAAACCUGCUGCAAAGGGAAGCCUGCUGCAGAAGGAAGCCUGCUGCAGAAGGAAGCCUGCUGCCCAGGAGAGGCCGCUGUUAUCGAUAAGGAGCACGGCGAGGCGGGCCCGGCUUCACUCCCCAGGGAGGGCGCGCUCUAG